AUAUUUAGGAAAAAGAAAAGGAGAAUGGUGAGAAUAUUGGGUUACUCAGAGACAGCACUAGUGAGCAUUACCAACGGCAAUCAUCCUAUUCUCCGAAAAAGAGCAUAUCAUAAUCCUCCAAAUAAAUUCCCAGUUCAUCAACUCUCAUUUCCUGCUUUAAUCAAUCGCAACUUCAAAACUUUAGCAAUGUCGCAAAACCUAGAUAACCAGCCACAGAAAAUAAGUGUACUCAAUGAUCACCAUGAGAAGCUAGUUGGGUUGCUACAUGAUACAGGAUCCAAAGAUAUUGUAGUAGUCUGCCAUGGGUUCACGGGUCGAAAGGAGAACAAAAUGGUGGCAAACAUUUGUGGUGCAUUGGAGACGGAAGGAAUAAGUGCCUAUCGGUUUGACUUUUCUGGAAAUGGAGAAAGUGAUGGUUCUUUUGCCUACGGCAACUACAUGAAAGAGGUGGAAGAUAUAUAUGCUGUUGUCAAGCAUUUUAAUGCGGCAAACCGUACUGUGAGUGCAAUUGUAGGGCAUAGUAAAGGAGGUGAUGUUGUCUUGUUGUAUGCUUCAAAGUAUCAUGAUAUGCGCACGGUUGUCAAUCUAUCUGGGCGGUAUGACUUAAAAAAAGGCAUAGCAGAACGUUUGGGUGAAGACUUCAUGGAAAGAAUCAAGAAGGAUGGAUAUAUUGAUGUUGAGUGUCAAAAAACAGGAAAGGUAUUGUACCGUGUGACAGAAGAAAGCUUGACGGAUCGCUUGAAUACGGAUAUGCAUGAGGCAUCCCUUAAGAUUGAGAAAUAUUGCAGGGUCUUGACUGUUCAUGGAUCUGCUGAUGAAAUCAUCCCUGUUGAAGAUGCAUAUGAGUUCUCUAAGAUACUAGUGAACCAUAAAUUACACAUCAUAGAAGGAGCAAAUCAUUCUUUCUCUGAACAUCAAGAGAAGGUCGUCCCAGUUGUCAUCGACUUCAUCAAGUCUUGCAUGCAGCAAAACAGUGAAAGUUGUAGCUAGGUUUACGUCAGUAGCGUGCCCAUUCUUUGAGAUUUUCUAGAGAGCCGAGUCUUCGAGGUUUUACCGUUUUAGCAUGGGAGCUACCAUUGGUACUAUUGAAUGAUCUGAAUUUUCUCAACCUUCUGGAAGCUCAGAUAUUUUGUGGCUUAUACUUUCUCUUGGCCGUGAAGUUUAAAUCAUUGAGUCGUUCAUUACCAACUGUUAUUUCAAAUUGAAGCACGAGACAAUUAAAUCAGCUUUAAUUCUAUAUUGCGAUAAUGAUAGCUACAA